GGCUAGACCACAGAAUUCUACACUAGUGUAGAAUUCUGUGGGCUAGACUAGGCCUAGGCCUAUUGCUAGAGAUCUGUCACGGUGUUGGUAUCGAUACUAUUCUACGGAAUUUUGUGAGAGGUAUCGAAGGUCAGGGGACGGGACAAGCAGACAUGACACAGCAGUUUCACCUUCUCCCUCUCUCUCCCUUCUCUUCCGCCGCCUUCCCAAUUCUCUCCGCACAAACCAGGUUGCAAGAGUAAGAACAAAGGCGAACAAGACUUCAUCAAGCCCAGUUUCUCCACCAAAUCAAAGAUGAGGGUUAUCGAAACAAAGGAAGAGUUUGACAACCUGAUCUCCUCCGAGAAAAAGUUGGUUGUUAUCGACUUCUUUGCAACAUGGUGUGGCCCAUGCAAAGUCAUCGCUCCCUUUUUGGAGAAGCUGUCCGAAAAAUACCCUGAUGUUGUGAUCGUCAAAAUAGAUGUAGAUGAGAAUGCUGAUACAGCAGAAGAAUGUGAUGUCACUGCUAUGCCAACCAUCCAGUUGUUCAGAGAUGGCUCAAAGGUCCAAGAAGUGAUUGGAGCUAAUCAGUCAAAAAUAGAAGAAGCAAUUGUGGCCAAUAAAUAAUUUUGUUUUGAAUAUAUGUAUAUAAGUUUUUUUUCGUUUUUUUUUCGUUUUUUUUCUUAGUUGAAGAAUUUGAUCAUGUCUUCAUCACAUUUUGAAGUCUGUAUGUUAUGCUCACCACCUUAUGUCAUGAAAAUAUCGGUGAAUAAAGAUAUAUGGUCAGUACAGAUCAUUGGUCAAUGCAAGUGUCGUUUCCAUACAAUUCUUUGACAUCACAAGUCGAUGAAAUGGUUAUUUUCAUGAGAAUAAUUUUGCUGGCGCACAUGCAUUUUUUCCAUCACGCAUCUGGUUUGCAUCAAACCUGCUCAUGAAAUGAAUGCUUUUUUAUUUUUUACAUUGCUGCUUUGCUGUGUUCCUGCGAGCUGCUGGAACUGCAGCUCUGCUGUGGUUUUUUUUUUUUUCAUUUUCAUUGAGUGGUACUCAAGUUUUUGUGAAUAGCAGACUUGUACCCACUUUGAUAACUCAUUGUUACUUUGCUGAUGCAUUCUCCAUCAACUAAAAAAAUAAAAACCACCAGUUGAAAAAGAUUACUAGGAAACUGAGUAUUGUCAUGCCAUUAUGAUUUUAGAAAAGAAGCGAAAGCAAAAGUGAAUUCAGAGAAACCAAAAUUGAGAAAUGUUCACAGGCGAAUGAUAUGCAGGAAAGUCCUAGCUUCAUGUGAUUGCCUUUGUAUUUAAGUCAUUUGUACACUUUUAUACAACUGUAUUUCUUUGGCUUAGAUCAUUGCAAAUUAGUAUAAAUACUGCACCUUUUUCUUUGUGAGACUCAAGAAAAUUAUUUUGUUUUUUUAUAUCAGUGCAGGUGUGAAAUUCUUUAGAUUUAGUAUCCUUUCACUGUGAGCUGGUUUUGGGAAAUUGAAUUCAAUGGAACGUUUCGUGUGUUAUGCUACAAAAACUUGAAUUGGGCAAGUGAUAAGUGAUAAUGAAACUGAAAAUUGAACACUGCCAUGGACAUUAAAAAUGGCUCUUUAACUUUAAAA